UUUAAAAAUUAUGGAAGAGAAGAAUGCAGCAGAUGGGUAAAAUAUCAAUAUUAAUUAAGUUCUGAGUAAGUGGUCAUUUUUGAAGAAAAAAUUACUAAAGUUAAUGGUGAAGUGGCAAUAAAAAGAUAUUAAAGAGGCAAGUUUUUAGGAAAGGGUGGUUUUGCAAAGUGUUAUGAAGCAACGAAUUUAGAGACAAAGAAAGUUUUGGCUGCGAAGAUAAUAGCUAAAAGUAGUUUAACUAAGAAUCGAGCUCGUUAGAAGGUAAUAAUGUAAUGUAAUAAAUUAGCUUAUUUCUGAAAUAAAAAUUCAUAAAAGUUUACAAAAUACAAACAUAGUGUAAUUUGAACAUGUUUUUGAGGAUCAUGAGAAUGUUUACAUUUUACUAGAGUUAUGUUCUAAUUAAGUAAUAAUAAAACAUUUAAAUUAGACUUUGAAUGAGUUAAUAAAACGUCGUAAAAGACUUACGGAGAUAGAAGUUUAAUGUUAUGUUGCAUAGAUAAUCAAUGCGCUAAAAUAUUUACAUGCCAGUAAUGUGAUUCAUAGAGAGUACAUAUAGAAAUAUAAAUAAAAGUCUUAAACUGGGUAAUUUAUUCUUGAAUAAAUCAAUGGAAUUGAAAUUAGGAGAUUUUGGAUUGGCAACAAAGUUAGAAUUUGAAGGAGAGAAGAAAAGAACUAUAUGUGGAACACCAAAUUAUAUAGCUCCAGAAGUAUUGGAUGGUAAAGUGGGUCACUCAUUUGAAGUGGAUGUAUGGUCAUUGGGAGUUAUAAUAUACGCAAUGUUAAUAGGAAAACCUCCAUUUGAAACUCCAGAUGUUAAAACAACAUACAGAAAAAUUAGAUUGAAUUCAUAUACAUUUCCUGAACAUGUUUUAAUAUCAGACGCAGCUAAAAACCUUAUAACUAGAAUAUUAAAUUUAGAUCCUGUUAAAAGACCAACUCUUGAUGAAAUAAUGUCUCAUCCUUUUAUGAAUACAGGUGGUUCUAUUCCUAAAACACUGCCAUUAUCUACUCUUGCUUGUCCUCCUUCAGCUUCUUAUAAUAAAUAGUUUUAACCAUCCACUAAUUCAAGCAGUCUCAAAAUGUCAUAAAAUGCUAUGCCUUAAAGAUUAACUGAAACUACUCCAAAUAAUUAGAAAAACUAAUAAAGACCAGGUAAUGGUUCAUCUGAUCGUUUUCCAUGUAUUCAUUUAUCUUUAUUCUCACAGUACAAAAACCUAGUUCAAGUGGAAAUAUCUUGGAAGACAACUUUGGAUCUAGUGGAUUAAAUAAUGCUUAAAAUGCUGGUUAUGGAGGAUCUUAAAGACCUUAAUCACAAAAACCAAAUGAUAUUAGAAGUAGUUAAAGUUAAAAGACUCUUACUACACCUUUUGGUGGUACUGGAAUGUAAGGAACUCAUUCUGUUAAUAAUCUUGGAUAAUAAAGAUAAACUUAAUAAAAAUAAGAAAUCUAUGUUAAAAAAUGGGUUGAUUAUUCUAGUAAAUAUGGAUUAGGAUAUCUAUUAAGUAAUGGAGCUACUGGAGUCUUUUUCAAUGAUUCUACUAAAAUUAUUUUAGAUACUAAAACAUUAUAAUUUGAAUACAUGGAAAGAAGAGGAACUGAUAGAUAAGAUAUUUGUGAAUCUCAUAAUCUUAAUGAAUAUCCUAGAGAACUUUAAAAAAAAGUUACUCUACUUUAACAUUUUAGAAGCUAUCUUGAAGGAGAAUAAAAUAGAUAAGAUAUGCCAUUUGAAGAAUAUGAUAAUAAAUAAGUUGUCUAUGUGAAAAAAUGGAUGAAAACUAGACAUGCUAUUAUGUUUAGAUUAUCAAAUAAAAUUGUCUAAGUAAUUAAUCUAUAUAUAUAUUUUUAGGUUAAUUUUACUGACAAAACUGAAAUUAUCUUAUCUUCCGAACACAAAAUGGUUACUUAUGUUAACAAAACUGGAGAAAGAAGUCAUUAUCCUUUAGCUACCGCUCUUGAUAGUUAAAAUACUGAAAUGGCUAAAAGACUUAAGGUAAAUAUUUUCAUUUAACUCCAUUAAGUAUACUAAAGAAAUCUUGACACACAUGCUUAAUGGUGGUCAUAAUGGAGAAUAAAAACCUAACUAAAUGACUGGAACCAAUUGGUAAAACUCUGGACCUUGAAAAAAAUUAUUUACACAUCAAUAAAUAAGUGCA